AUGCCGGGCGACAGGCGGCCCUUUCCUGUGGACGAGGAGGGACGCGGGGACACCAGCCAGCAGCCCCUCGAGCUGCAGAAAGGGAAGCAACAGGAAGGACUCCUCCGAGGCAGCCUGCCACAGCUCAGCCCCCACGGACGGGCAGUCCGUCCCCAGCCGUGCCGAGCCCCGAGAGCCCCAUCGCUCGGGACAGCGACGGGAGAGGCCGCACCUCGGGCUCCAGCAGCGGCCACCCUCGGCCUGCAACGCACGAGCAGUCGGGCUGGGGCCAUGGAGUGCCCCGCCCACGCAGCUGAGCGCCCACUGCACGGACCCCUCGGGGCCCUGGGGGGAGCCCGGGAGCGGCCCCUGCUGCCUAGAGCGGGUGUGAGGAAAAAAGUCUGGUUUAGCCAAUUACGAACUACAAACACACUGCCCGCCUUCCCCAAGAGCCCCGUCCGACCGGCUCGAGGCCCUCUCGACCUGGCGGCCCCGCCCUCCCCGGCGGCGGCGGCUCCAGGCGUGGCCCCUCAGCCCUUCCCCGGUCCCAAGGUCAGGCCGUGGGCCCGCACUGGGGCCUCGCUGCCCUCUUCCCCGGAGCAGCGGCGGGACCCUCCGGAGGCCAAGACGAGGAGGCAGGGGCAGCACUGGGCCCGCAGGGGCCCUCCGGGCACGCUGACUGCGGAGAUCAGGCUGCUUCCCGCGGGGACCCCGGGGCCGCCGAGCCCUGAGCGUGGCCGGAGAGGAGGAGACACAGGCCUGCAGGUGCCAUGCUCCGUGACCUGGGGACCUGUCCGGCGGAUGUCACCGCCCGAGCGCGGCGCUGGGGAAGCGCUCUCGGCAGAAGGGGUCGCGGCGGGCCGGACGGCCCCGCGCGUCCCCACCGCGCGCCCGCGGGACACAACACGCAGGAGCCAGGGGCUCGUCCCAGAGGCCGCACCGUCACGUCCGAAGCGCAGGGCCCGAAACGCGGCUGUCGGGAGCGAGGCCGCAGGAAAACCACGGAGCGCUUCCCCGACCGCGGCUCUGCCGCCGCGGGGCCGGCUGGGCACGCCGCACCGGUCCCGGCACCGCCGCCGGCCCUCGGCCCCGCGGGCAAAUUCUGAGGCCGCGCUCCCAAGACCGCGACACCCACCUUCACUCUCCCGCCGCGCCACCGGGCACGAGGCUCCAGCCUCACCCCUCCGCGGGCCACCGACAGGGACCUCGUCACCCCCAGCCCGGGCGGCGCUCGGUGUCCCCAGCAGCCACCGCGCAGGGCGCAGGGCGCCGCACCACGGCCGCCUGGAGCCGCCCCUCCCCGCUCCAGUGCCCGGGGCAAGACUCCAGGCAGACAACCUGCCGCCGCCGGGCGGCCCCGCCCGCAGCAACGGGCGCGGGAACGGAGGGACGGGGCGCCGCACCCACCGCCGGGCACCCGCACUGCCCGGCCGGCCUCCCGGGGCCCACACGCCGCGCCGCCUCGCCGGCGUGGCCCCCGUCACAACCGGCCGGCCCGCGGACGCCGCGAGAACGCACGCCUGGGACCGGCCCGGGAGCGGAACCUCGUCCCCAAGACGUCCCGGGCUCGGUCCUCGCCCGGGAACGCCAAUCCUGCCCGCCCCGCGGCCGCGGGCCGCAGUCCUCUCGGCGACCAGUCGGCCCGCCGCGCCGGGAGCUGGCCGGCGCCGCCUCCUGUCAGGGCGCUGCCGCCGCGGCCGCACCGGGCGCCCGCCCGCGGCCCGCGCCCCCCACCCCCGCCGCGGGCCCGACCCCUCCCCCGCAGCCCGGCCGCCGCCAUCUUCUCUCCCCGGCGGGAGCGCGGCCCGGCGCCGAGGCCGCGGCUCUGGGCAGGCCGGGCUCGGGCGCCGCCGCCCCUGCCCUGCCGCCCGCGCCCGAGCGCGGCCCGCGGCGGCCGGCCCCUCCGCCUGGCCCCCGGGCGCCACUGACCUCCACUCCCAGGCCUCUAGGGUCUCGCAGCCAUUUCCUCCGGGCUCGGGAGAAGGAGCCAGCCGCGACCGAGCGAGCGAGCGAGCGAGCGAGCGAGCGGUCGAGCGCGCGGGCGGGGCCGGCGUGGGCCACCGAGAGGCAGGGGCUAGAGGGCCCACCCUCGCUCCGCUCGCAGGGAGCACGCCCGCCACCGAGACGCUGCGGAGCUAG